AGUUGGCGCGGUUACGACAGCACGUUCUGAUUGGAUGUACAGGUUAGCGCGCUGAGGGUUGUUAACACCGAUUUGGCAGAAGAUUUCGCGGGCUGAGUACUGUAGACUUUGGUGUUGGAGAAAGGUGAAAACCCAACAACAUGUGGAACAAUCACGGUGGAUUUGAUGGUGGUUAUGGUGGUUCAGGGGCAGGUGGUGGUGGUGGCUAUAUGCAGUCACCUGGAGGCUUUGGAUCCCCUGCACCCACACAAGGAGAGAAGAAAUCGAGAUCCAGAGCACAGCAGAUAGUACCUUGUACCGUGUCCCAGCUGCUUUCUGCCUCCCAGAGUGAUGAGGUGUUCAGGAUAGGGGAAGUAGAACUUUCACAGGUCACAGUGGUUGGGAUAGUAAGACAUGCAGAAAAGGCUCCAACAAAUAUUUUGUAUAAGGUGGAUGACAUGACUGCAGCACCCAUGGAUGUCAGGCAGUGGGUGGACACUGAUGAGGCAAGCUGUGAAAAUAUGGUAGUUCCUCCUGGCAGUUAUGUUAAAGUGGCUGGUCACCUUCGCUCCUUUCAAAAUAAGAAAAGUGUUGUAGCAUUUAAGAUAACACCAAUUGAAGAUAUGAAUGAAUUUGUAUCGCACAUGCUGGAGGUUGUCCAGUCUCACAUGAUUCUCAACAGCCAGGGAGCACAAACGGGAGGAGUAUCUUCUCAUGCUCUCAGUACUCCAGGACACAUGGGAAUGACAGAUACAUCAGGAGGAUCUUUUAAUGGAGGGAAUAGCAUGCAAACAAAUGGACUGACUGCCCAUCAGAGUCAGAUCUUGAAUCUGAUCAAAAGUUGUAGAGGAACAGAAGGAAUGGCAUUUGAUGAGCUGAGAAAGAGACUUAAUGGAAUGAAUGUAAAUACAAUCAAGCAAGCUGUAGAAUUUCUCAGCAAUGAAGGUCACAUUUAUUCUACAGUGGAUGAUGAACAUUACAAGUCAACAGACGGAGACUAAAUUAAAAGUGGCUCCAUCUUGAUGUUUAAUGCAACAGAAAUGGUGACAAUGAUGCUGACUGGGGACCCAUCUUCAAAUAUAUGGUCCCCGCAAGUUGUUACUUCUCACAUUCAAAUCAUGCAGUACUGGCAUGUUUGACAGUUUGUUCAUGUCAAUAUCAGUCUUUCUACAAUUAAACUGUGAUGCACUUAGUUUCUGUUUUUAGAUUUCAAAAGGUUUAAUAUUAAAAUAAAAUAUGUAUUUUUGUUCCUCCACACACAAAUAUUUUGGAUAAUUUGCUUGCCUAACUAUUCAAGAGUAAAUGUAGGCUGCACUUUCACAGUGGAAAACCUUUAUUGCAAAACAAGGAUGACCAAAUUGGGUUGGAUAAAAUACCAGAUGCUGACUAGAUUGGGCACUCUGAUGUAAAUGUAUGCGUAGGAGACUUGGAUUAAAAACUUUAAAACUUACAAUCUUAAUACUUAAGAAACCUGUAUAUAAAAAUUUGUCUACAUUGUAAGUUGAGUAAUGGAUAUUUUCUUAAAACAAAAAAGACUGCUUGUAGAGUGUGCUGUUUUUCUCUUGUUUUUUUUUUUUUUUCUUUCAAAAUAAAAUGUAAAUAAGUAUUGGUUUAAAAAAA